AUGCCCGCCCCGAGUAUUUGGUCCCGCGGAUAUAUUCAAUACAGUUACUUGAGAAAAUGCAAGGAUUUACGUCCCCAUGUCCAAGUGGAGGUUAAGAUUAAUUCUAAUGUUGUCCACGGUGAAUGCUUUGGAGUUCCGUUUGCAGUCAGCAAUGAUGACGAACAAGCCUUGGCCUUCGCUCAAUUUGCCGUGACCACCCACAACGAAACCCAGGGUCCCAAGAUUCGGUUUGAAAGGAUUGUCAGAGCAACCAGGAUGAAGGUGGUUGCCGGCUAUGAUUAUUACCUACAAUUCCAGGGGAUUGAUGAGAAUGGCGACGUAAAUGUUUAUUAUGCCGAAGUUUCUGACCACCCUUUUGGUACCGGGAAGCACCUGCGGCGGUGGCAGCCGGUGGAUGAUUCCUUUUCUUACCCUUUCCACCUAAUUAGGGGUAGCGAGUUGCGUGGAGAUUUUGACAGCUAUGUGGAAAAGUAUAGAGAGUGGUUUGGAGAUUUUGACAGCAAUGUGGAAAAAUUAAGAAUGUUUCUGCCUACCUUGUCUCUGAAAUAUGAAGAUGGCAAGAGUCAUACAACCUUUGAUCACACUGCUGCUAGUGUUGAUGUUGUCCCUGUCUAUAACAUGAUUCAUUGUGGAACGGUUUCCUUCUAUGCUUCAUCUGCAGUGAAAAUGUACAAACAAAAAGUGGGCAAAGAUAUUUUUCUUGAUAAGGUAUUGCAUGCAAGCAAAGAAUGUGAUGGUGGCAAGGCCUUUUACAAUUUACUGUUGAAGGUGAUGAAUGAGAAAGAUGAGUGCAGUUUUCUCCAUGCCAUAGUUGAAGUUUUGGAAUUGAAGAAUGAAAAGUUGGUCAAGUGGCAUGUGAUUGAUGAAAUAUUUUCUAGUCCUCUUGGAAAAGAACAGAUUGCUGUUGGCGCUUAA